CUCCCCGCCCCUCUCCCCCGCCCAUUGCCUGUAGGGUUUGAGAAGAUGGCGAAGGUCACAGAGCGUUACGAUGUCACUUGGGAAGAAAUGCGAGAUAAAAUGAGAAAAUGGCGAGAAGAAAACUCACGAAAUAGUGAGCAAAUUGUUGAAGUUGGAGAGGAAUUAAUUAAUGAAUAUGCUUCUAAGCUGGGAGAUGAUAUUUGGAUUAUAUAUGAGCAGGUGAUGAUUGCAGCCCUAGACUAUGGUCGGGAUGACUUGGCAUUGUUUUGUCUUCAGGAGUUGAGGAGACAGUUCCCUGGCAGUCACAGAGUCAAGCGACUAACUGGCAUGAGAUUCGAAGCCAUGGAAAGGUAUGAUGAUGCUAUUCAACUCUAUGACCGAAUUUUACAAGAAGAUCCUACUAACACUGCUGCAAGAAAGCGUAAGAUUGCCAUUCGAAAAGCCCAGGGGAAAAAUGUGGAGGCCAUUCGGGAGCUGAAUGAGUAUCUGGAACAAUUUGUUGGAGACCAAGAAGCCUGGCAUGAACUUGCAGAACUUUAUAUCAAUGAACAUGACUAUGCUAAAGCAGCAUUUUGUUUAGAGGAGCUAAUGAUGACUAAUCCUCAUAACCACUUGUACUGUCAGCAGUAUGCUGAAGUUAAAUAUACCCAAGGUGGACUUGAAAACCUCGAAUUUUCAAGGAAGUAUUUUGCACAGGCACUGAAACUGAACAACAGAAAUAUGAGAGCUUUGUUUGGGCUUUACAUGUCUGCAAGUCAUAUUGCUUCUAAUCCAAAAGCAAGUGCAAAAAUGAAAAAGGACAACAUGAAAUAUGCUAGCUGGGCAGCUAGUCAAAUAAAUAGGGCAUAUCAGUUUGCAGGUCGAAGUAAGAAGGAAACCAAAUACUCUCUAAAGGCAGUUGAAGACAUGUUGGAAACACUGCAGAUCACCCAGUCUUAGGUUUAAACACUCCUUCGGGUUACGUUUCAGAACUGUACAUUGGAACUGAUGGGUCUGUGACUUAUUUACCAAAUGCCCAGUGCUAUUUAUAUACUGAUUUUCUGUUAAGAAUGCAGUUGUAAGGAAUGUGUUCAUGUAAACCUUAAUAUGCCUUUUACUGUUAGGCAAGAAAGUGGGAAAAAAAUUCCUGAAGAAAGGUUUAAGAAGACUCUUGCGAUUGUCAUUCUCUUCAUAUCACACAUCUAACUGCUUUUAAACCACGAUCUGAUGUAGUAAUACCUUUGUUAAAUAAACAAUGAUGAUUUAUUAAACUUGUAUUUGAAGAUAUUUUUUCAUUCAGGUGGUGAUUUGGUUUAGACCUCAAUUUCUAGUUAACUCCUUUUUGUUGUGAUAGGAAAUACAUAGCAUUUAUAGCUGAAAGAAGCAAAAUGUUGGCCAAUUAUUUUUGUCUACUUAUAGUGCCAGUUUGGUUUUGUGCUCUGCUUUCUAAUAGGUUUUUUUUUGUUUUGUUUUUUGUUUUGUUUUUUGUUUUGGUCUCGUGUUAUUUUGAUGAGUCUUGUUUUUUAAAUAUUUCAUUCUCUAAGUUCAGCAAUAUCUCAUUCUAGUUUUUUUUUUUAUAGCACAUAUUUAAGGAUUUUACCUACAAAAUUAUGUAAGGUUCAUGUCUCCUAUAAUACUUAAAUUUCACCCUUCUGAACAUUAUAUCAAUCCUUUAACUGUAUUUUUUUUUUUUAAUUUUGGACAAGGGAUUAAAUAGGUUUCAGUUGGUUGAGUUAUUUUUACUUUAGGAUAAAAUAAACAUAAGCUGUCUUUAGAAGAAAAAAUAUAUAUAAUUCUCAUCUUUCCUUAUGUUCUGGAGUUAGAAUUUCUUCCUUUUUCUUUCUUUUUUUUUAAUGAACAACUAGUACCUAUAGUAUAAUUUAGCUUGUGUUAUUAGAGUAGAAGGAACAUUAAAAACUGAACAUUGUAUUUUGACAUAAAUCAGUUUUUAAAAUAAGAAAUUUUUCAUUCAGUGAAAAUAUUUUGUCAGUUGAUAAUUUAAAUUAAAUGUAAUAUAACAUUAAUUUUUUCAUGAAUAAUGAACAGUUGUGAAAUAACUGCAUGGUGUUAGUUCAUCUCAAAUAAUCCUUGUGGUCUCAAGAUGCAUUUUUAUCUGCCUGUGAAUUUAGUGGCUGCAUUUGCAACACAGUCAUCGUUUCAAAUUUGUCUGCUAUAAAGUAAAAAAGGGUCCUCAUAUUAUCCCAUUACCUUUCUGCCCUUUAACCUCACAUCAGUCACUAGGGUAGCAUUUACUUUAGCAAUUAUAUUGUGUGAUUUAGUGCCUCCUAUAAUGCUCCAGUCUUAUGCCUCCUUACCAAGUUUUUUCUUUUAAGUACAUUGUUAGUAUGGGGUAAUUUAUAAAUUAGUCCAAAUGCUAAUCUCAUCCUGGCAGACAGUUGCCUACACAGAUGCUUUUACCUCUAUUUCUUCCCUGUUCAUGGUGUUUUGCAUUAUUAGGAUAGAACAGAAAUCCCUAUUCCUCCAGAUUAAAACCUUCCCCAAGCCAAGGAAUGCAUUGUGAUUGAUCUAAAACAGAAGUUGUCAUUAAAUUUCUUAUGAUUUGUAACAUGCCAAUGCUGAACUUUCUGCAGUGAAGGAAAUAAUUCUUCAUGACGAGUAUAGUAGCCACGUGCCGUAUGUGGCUAUAGAGCACUUGGAAUGCAGCUGGGGAAAUGGGGAAAAGAAAUUAUUUAAUUUUAUUUAAAUUUCUAGAGCUGCACGGUUGGCCAUCCAGUUGGUCAGCUCAAACGUCUGAAUGGUCAUGUAGUCUAGUUGAAAUGAACUAAAGACAAUCGAAAAAUAUUUUUCUUUCAUAGGCAAAGAAUUGUGCUCAAUGACUAUAUUACAAUCAUAAAAUGGCAAAUAGGAGAGUGAAAGCUUUUUCAAAAACAAUGCCAUAGAAAGAUUAGCUUGGGGAUGGUGGGGGGUUCAUUUCACUGAUGGCAUUGUGAAAUACUUGAACCAACAGGGGCAGUUGUCAACUGUUGUUAUAAACAGUUGUCAAUGCUUAUCAUGAAAAAAAAUUCUGAUUGUUAAAACCAUUAUUUAGAUUAUGUGCUAUUUAGCCAUGCAUUGUUUAAUGCUAAUAUGUUAUAUGACUUUUUAAAAAACCUGCAAAACUUAGUUUUGAUAUGCUUGAAGGCUAUUUUAGAACGUAAUUAUUUAAAGUUAAGUAGCUAACUACAUAAAAUAGUGUCUUGUUGCACAGUGGGUAGGGCGUUUGAUUGCACAUGGCCAACCCGGGUUCGAUUCCUACCGGGAAUAUCCUGCCUGCAUGGCAGAGCCUGGCAAGCUACCUGUGGUGUAUUAGAUACACCAAAAACAGUAACAAGUCUCACAAUGGAGACGUUACUGAUGCCCACUGGAGCAAACCAGUGAACAAGGGAGAACAGUGCUACAGUGCUACAUUGUCUUGUUGCAAUUCAGCACCAUGUUUAACUCCAGCAAAGAUGAGAAAAAGGCAUACAAAGGACUUUACCCGUAUGGAUAAUUUUAAUUUGAGGGCACUGAGGAGGAUAUAGAAAAAAACAGAAAUGGAAGUUGCCAUGAGGUAAGGCACUUAAUCCUGCAUGUAGCCAACCCCUAUUUGAUCCCUGGCAGUACAGACGGUCCCAAAGCAGCACCAGUAGUGAUCCCUACGCUCAGGUCCAGAAGUCAGCCCUGAGUAUAUAUAGAUAGGUGUGGCUCAAGAAACAAACAAAUGGCAGAUUAAUGUUUUCCAAACAACUUUUGGGGACAUAUUUCAAGAAAUCUUUCUCUUCUAAUGGCAAAAUCCAUUUUUUCUUGAGGUAACUUCAUUUGAUUUGAUUAAGUAUAGAGUUUUAGGAGGAAAUUUGGGAUUCCAUGUUGAGACAAAGAAUUGAGGUCAAAAAUUCAGCUCUCCUGUGUGCCAGUGGGAGUAGGAUCAGGCUGCCAAAGGCCCCAGGCCUGUGUCUGUCCUGCUAUAUGUAUACCUUUCAGAGUAACAGAAAUGGCAGCCGGGUUUAUCCAGUGGACAUUAGCAGAGUAGGGAGUAGAACUCAGCUUAUGAUUUGCAAAACAAUCUUUUAAUGCAAUAAUAGUUUCUUAAUGUCUUUUUAAAUUGAAUUUUAAGUAAGUUACCUGCUUGACUAUUUAUGUCAUUUAUCCCUAAUGCCAAAACCGUUUCAGACUAUUGUAGAUUUAUUUCAAACUUCUUUGGACCUCUGCUAUAUCCAUCUCCUUUUUCACUCCUGCAACUUAGUCUCACAUUAUAAACUGAACCUUGUCACUUCCCUUCCUCCUUUGCCCAAACACUCAUCUAUUGAAAUUUUGAUGUUAAUAUGAUGUUCUUUGGAGAUAGUCUUUCAAAAGGUAAUUAAGGUAAAACUCGGUUCUGUGGAUGGACAUGAUCCAUUAUGAUUGGUUCCUUUGAAGAUGAUACUAGGACAGUCUGAACGAGUAAAUGGCCCACAUGACAAAUCAACGGAAGAGGUGUGUACACACCAAGGAGUGCUUUCUCAAUAGAGACUCUACCCAUGCCUUCGUCUUGCACACUGGCCUCUAGAACUGUGAUGAAAUAAAUUUCUCUUGUUUGA